CGACCGGAAGUAGUGUAACGCCUCACUCAGACGUCACUUCCGCGUUAUCCUACUGGGAUGGACACUCAGAAGGAAGCUCUGCGCCGCAUCAUCAACACGUUAGCCAAUAAGAAUGAAGAGCUCCAGCACUUCCUGGACUCCAUUGACGGCACUCGGACCGGCCUGCAGGAGGAGUCCUGCAGGGUGAUGUCAGAGCUGGAGGCGGAGCUGGAAGGGCUAAGCUCCGCCUUGGAGGAGAGAGGAGCUCAGCUGCGGGACAUCAUCAAAGAGGAGAAGCAGAGGAAAGAGGCGGAGCUUCAGCGGCAGCUCUCUGAGGGAAACUUUGCUCUGCUCUCCUGCAAGGAGCUGCUGGACUUCGCAAACCAGACGCUGACCAUCACCAACGAAGAAGAGUUUCUGACGGCAGCCAAACAGAUCAAAGAACGGGUAACAAUGGCUCCAGCGUUCCGCCUGACGACUCGGCCGAUGGCGUCAGAAAACAUGUCGCAGUUUACUGUCGACUUUAGUGCGGAGAAGGCGGGGCUUCAGCGCCUUAACUUCCUGCCAGUUCCCAGAGCGCCAGAGAUCGAUGCGUCCGGCUGCGUCGUCCGUGACAACAGCAUCACCGUUGCCUGGCGACAGCUCAGCGACACUGAUGGAGAUGGACCAGUGGAGCGCUACGAGCUGGAGUACCGUAAAACAAACCUCAACACCUCUCUCAGAGCUACGGGAGAUGCAUGCUGGGAAAAGAUUUGUGACAUCACAGACACACAGGUGACCAUCUCAGGUCUGAAGUUUGAUUCGCCGUUUGUUGUCGUUCGAGUCCGAGCCAGAAACAAAGCCGCCGCCGGGGAUUUCUCCGACGCUGUGGCUGUGGAGACCAGAGCGUUUAACUUUGGGUUUGACACAGCAACGGCUCACGCCGAGCUUAAGGUUCAGGGGGACACGGUCACAUGGGAGCCCCAGGGGGUCAAAGGUCACGACGCGCGGCUCAGGGGCAAGGAAAACAAAAACAGCAGCAGGAGUGCCACUCCGUCACCCAAUAAGACGGCAGGAAGUCGGGCUGGACGCGAACGAUUCGCCGGAGAGUCGUACACAGUGCUGGGUGACCAGGAGAUUAAUGGAGGCUGUCACUACUGGGAGCUCCGCCUCCUGGCUGAUUGGAAGUCAGUCAAUGUGGGUGUGGCCUACCGGGGCAGCUUAGGACGGUUUGACCAAUUAGGGAAGAGCACCAGUUCCUGGUGCGUCUACGCCAGCCAAUGGUUGCAGAGCUCACUUGCAGCCAAACACAACAAUCGAGCGAAGGCGCUGGAUUGGCCGCUGCCGCAGCGAAUUGGCGUCUACUGUGACUACGACAACGGUGAGCUAAUGUUUGUCGACGUCGAUCAGCUUCGUCUUCUUCAUCUGUUCAAGGCCAAGUUCAGCCAGCCGCUCGUUCCUGCCUUCACUGUGUGGUGCGGGGGAAUCUCCGUGGCAACAGGCCUGCAGGUGCCGAGCUUCAUGGGAAAUUUUGUGUCGACCAAUCGCAGCCCGUCAGCUGAUCAAUGAGCAGCUUAACUCUGAGCAAUAUUUCAUAUUUAUAAAUUUUAUAUGAAUUCUAGAAUAUAUUUACAGAAACUUCUUAGAGAUGAAUUUACCCUCACCUUUUCUGCGUUUGCUGAGUUUAGGUCCGGUCCAGAGUUCUGCAACCUUUACCAGACCGGAGACAUUUUCCCUCAGUCUUAGCGGACCUUCAGAAAAAGACCAUUUUAAGGAAGAAGUACUAACGGCAAUUUAUUUCAUUUUUAAAGAACUUCUGUUUUUAGGUUUCUAAAUAAAGAAAACCAUAAAAUGUUUGCAGAAAGAGGUCCGUCCAUGUUCUGACGGUCCAUGUUCUGACGGUCCAUGUUCUGACGGUCCAUGUUCUGACGGUCCAUGUUCUGACGGUCCAUGUUCUGACGGCCCAUGUUCUGACGGCCGGUCCAUGUUCUGACGGUCCGUCCACGUUCUGACGGCCCAUGUUCUGACGGUCCAUGUUCUGACGGUCCGUCCAUGUUCUGACGGUCCAUGUUCUGACGGCCGGUCCAUGUUCUGACGGUCCGUCCACGUUCUGACGGCCCAUGUUCUGACGGUCCAUGUUCUGACGGUCCACGUUCUGACGGUCCAUGUUCUGACGGCCCAUGUUCUGACGGUCCACGUUCUGACGGCCCAUGUUCUGACGGCCGGUCCAUGUUCUGACGGUCCAUGUUCUGACGGUCCGUCCAUGUUCUGACGGUCCAUGUUCUGACGGCCGGUCCAUGUUCUGACGGUCCAUGUUCUGACGGUCCGUCCAUGUUCUGACGGUCCAUGUUCUGACGGUCCGUCCAUGUUCUGACGGUCCAUGUUCUGACGGUCCAUGUUCUGACGGUCCGUCCAUGUUCUGACGGUCCGUCCAUGUUCUGACGGUCCAUGUUCUGACGGUCCAUGUUCUGACAGUUGGUCCAUGUUCUGACGGUCCAUGUUCUGACGGUCCAUGUUCUGACGGUCCAUGUUCUGACGGAUGUUGAUAUUUGUGGAAAAUGACGUAAAGAAUUGCUGCUUCCAGCCUGACAGCAGGAAACUGCCUCUAAGGAGAGAUUGCUGCAACUCAGCCUCGUUCUAUUGUGGAAAUUCAAUAAUUUCAUGAAAAAAACGACAUUUGUCAUUUUAUCUAUUUUUAAACACUUUGGUUGGUUCUUACGCCAAAGUUAGAAAAAGCCAUUGCGGCAGGUCCAAAGACCCACGGGUGGCUCUGGAAAUGCAGGUUGCAGAACCCUGAUCUAAAUGAUCUUGUAUCCUCUGACCUUUCACAUUAAAAGCAUUAGAUGUGUUUUAUUUUCUCUACUUGUAUGUUUAACAUUGAUGAUUUUAUUGAUUUCUAGUUUAAAUGUAAUGUAAUCUCUAAUUGGGACUGAAGUCCUGCUGAUUUCAUGAAGUGAGCAGAAUUGUGUUGUAACUAAAGGUGUAAAUGUGAAGUUUGAGUUGAACUGAUGAAGUCACUUCCUGCUGAGAAUAAACUUCCUGUUGAAGCUCAA